AAUUAAAAGUCCUUGAGCCCUAUUCGCAAGAGAGUUGCAGACAAUUUAUAUUCUUGCUGCUGAUUCUGCUCUCAAAGGCAUCAAUGGCUGCUAUGGAGAAUCAUAUUCAAAAGAUUCUCUUCACAGAAGAACAAAUUUCUCAAAGAGUUUCUGAACUUGCUUCCCAAAUUACCCUCAAUUUUUCUUCAUCUACCAACAAUGGAGGAGCACCUUUGCUUUCUUCGUCAUCGGCUCCGGUUGUUGUCGGUGUUGCUACUGGUGCUUUUUUAUUCCUAGCUGACCUUGUUCGCAAAAUCAACCUCCCCGUUUCUGUUGAUUUUGUUCGGGUCGAAUCUUACGGGUCGGGUACUGUAUCCAGUGGAAAACCCAAAAUUUCUUGCGACUUGAAAAUUGAUGUUACUGGAAAGCAUGUCAUUUUGGUUGAGGACAUUGUGGAUACAGGAAACACGUUGGCCUGCCUCUUUGAACACCUGAAAUCUAAAGGGGCAUCCUCCAUAUCAGUGUGUACUCUCUUUGAUAAACCAUCAAAGAGGAAGGUUAAUGUCGAACUUGUGGGAGAGGGGAAGUUCUACCGUGGUUUUGAGUGUCCAGAUUAUUUUGUGGUUGGCUACGGGUUAGAUUUUGCUGAGGUUUAUAGGAACUUACCUUACGUGGGGAUCUUGAAACCUGAGAUGUACAGUUGAUUGCUUUGGCGCAAAUAAUUAUUCCAUACAAUGAAAGCUCUUGAUGUUCUUGGAUACAAACAGCCUUUUGCUGAUCAAGAUUUGCCAGCAUUUUUUUUACCCUCCCCCCCCCCCCCACUCCCGUCCUCUCCGGUGGGCAUACUCCAGCUAUUUUGUAAUAUACUUACAGCUAUAUAUGUGGCUACUCUCAGAUUCCUAUGAAUUGAACUCAUGUUUUCCUAAAUUUUGUUCAUUACUUUUCCUGUC